AUGGAAGCGGACUUCCAAUCGUCGCUGAAAACUAACGGUGCUGCGGGUACCACUGAAGACUUGACACAAGAACCUCUAUCGGAUCCGGACGAUGCUGAGAAUGGCGAAAAUCAUGAUCAUGAUGCGGAAAUGGCUGAUGUGACCUCGGCCAUUGAACAAGUCUCUACUCCACCUGCAUCUGUCGAUAAUCAAGCCGCCAAUUCCCAUAAAGAGAAAAAGAAGAAGAAAUCCAAGAAACACCACGAAGAUGUUCAAGAGGCUCAGAGUAUCGCCGAUCCCGAGCCAUCUUCACCAGCGAAGAGUCAGGAAGACAUGGACAAAAAGGCCCGGAAAGCGGCCAAAAAGGCGAAGAAAGAAAGGAAAAGGUUGGAAAGAGAACAAAAAGCGAGAGAACAAAAGGCGGAAGAAGAACGAAGUGCAGCGGAGAGUCAGCACCAGGACUCCCUCAACGGCACUCUUAUGGAUGAUGCGCAAACAAGCACUCCAUCUCAAAGUCGCAAAUCAACGAAACAUGCUCGUUCAGAAGAUGCAAGUGCCGACACCCCGAAGAAGUCCCUCAAGAAACACAAAAAGCAAAAGCGACAGGCAGGUUUUUAA